CGCUCUUUUGUUGUUAUGACUACGAGGUCGUAAAUCCGCCAUGUUUUCCCUGUUGAAGCGUUGCGACAGAGACGGAGGUCUGGAACGACAUGACUGAAGAAAAUAAUAAUACGGCAGCAACAGUUACCGACCAAGCGGAGCAUGGCAACAUCAUCACCAUCCAAACCACACUCGGAGACGAAGAUGAGGAUAUUCAUAAAUGCGGGAGAUGUCUGGAGGAGUUCUCCGCUCUGGAUGCUUUCAUCCAACAUAAACUCAGCAGGAGCUGCAAGCGUCCUCAGCAGGACCAUCAGACAAAUAUUGUCCCUAAUGAAGCUGCUUCCAUCGAUGUGAAAUUAAGUGAAAAUGAUAGUUCAUCUGAUGAAGCGGGAACGUCGAAUGCAGACAAGGGAGAUAAAGCGGCGGCUGGAGGAAAAAAGAGAAGCCGCUCUGCAAGCGAGGAUGACAGUUCCAGUCCUGCAAAAGUCGUUUGGAAGUUAAACGCAGAGGGACGGUACAUCUGUGAGAUAUGUGAGAAGACCUUUAAAACGACAAAUAUUCUCAGAACCCACAUGUUCACGCACACGGACCAGAAGGAUUUUAAGUGUGAAAUAUGCGAGAAUGCUUUUAGGACCAAGGGGUCGUUGAUCCGGCACAAACGUCGGCACACAGAUGAGCGUCCGUACCGCUGCAAUCAGUGUGGACUGGCGUUCAGAGAGUCCGGAGCGCUAACCAGACAUCUGAAGUCUCUCACGCCUUGCACUGAGAAGAUUCGCUACAGUCAGUGUAAAGAGAUACUUGUUAGCAAGGAUGGAGUUCAGAAAGAAGUUCAGCCGUCCCCUCCUGAAUCUGAGAAGGAGCAGAUUCCUGUCGUGAGAGUUGUGGAAGCUGGUCAGGAGAUCAUCCAGAUCGAGGUGGUAGGACAAGUGCAACAGGUCGUGUCUCAGCCUCAAACUGCGACUGUGGUUGAAGCCGACAAUCUAAUCUGCCAGGCCAUCAUAAACUCUGGCAUCGCGCUGGAGACCGAAGCCACAGAGGCAGCCGAGCAGGCAGAGGCCCGGUCACCUAAAGCAGCCCUGCAGGCUCCUGAGACUGACGCCAGGCUCACUGAGAUCCAGGUGACAGAAGAAUGUGUGGAGACCGUGGCCGAGGAAACACAAGAUUCGUCUGUGAAGGAAGACGAACCAGUUGAGACAAAAUUAUACAAAUGUCCUCACUGUGAACGCAUGUUCAAGACGUUGACCUACCUGAGGGUCCAUGUCAAAGGGCAUGUUGGUUACAAGCCGUUUAAGUGCUUAACAUGUCAGAAGGAGUUCCUGACGGGCUACGUGCUGAAGAAACACAUGGAGACACAUGUCAGCGAGCGGCGCUACAAAUGCGGAGAGUGCGGCAAGCAGUUUAAAGCCAUCGGACACGUGCGGGAACACAUGAGAGCGCAUUCAGACGAGAGGCCGUACCACUGCAGCUUCUGUGACAAGAGCUACAAGACCAAGAAUGCUCUGCAGGUCCACCAUCGCACUCAUGGCGAGGAAAAGCCUUACGUGUGUCCGCACUGCUCCCGUGGCUUCCGGGAAAAGAGCGCUUUGGUGCGGCACAUCCGGCAUCACACGGGUGAAAAGCCCUUCAAGUGCUCCAACUGUGGCCGGGGCUUUGCUGAACAUGGAACGCUGAACCGUCACCUGCGAGCUAAAGGGGGCUGUUUUGCCGUGCAGCUGAAGGACUCUGAACAUGCAGGGAACUCUGAGGAGCAGGAGCUGGCGGCUGAGAUCGUAUCAGACGACCCUCAUGCUGUGCUGGUGGAGUUCUCCUCAGUAGUGGCCGACACUCAGGAAUACAUUAUAGGGACACCAUCUGAGGAAGCAACUCAAGGUGAAGAAGUAAUAAUCCAAGAUAAUCAGCAGCAGAGGUCAAACCAGCAACCUUCUGACUACCAGCCCUGA